CCAUUGAAGAAUUGAUAGUAAAGAUUAAUGAAAUAUUAAAUUUCUGAAAUUAUUCCAACAGAAUUUUAGAAAGUUUGAUAACAUUUUUUUCGAUUAAUAAAUUAACAUAACAUUGUAUUAAAAAUUAUAAUAUUGUACAAAAUUUCAAAAGAUUUUUCAAACAAAUCUGACAUAUAUAAGUUGCGUAAAGCGGGCCUAAAGGCAAAGUCUAAUCGGUCUCGACGCCAGCGCGCCACGUGACCGCGCACCAAGUCGAUCGUCAACGCCAACCCUUCCGUCUACCCCGUCUAAUUCGGCGGAUUCAGUGUGGUGUACAAAGGAUAAGCGCGAGGAUCGUGAAUUUACGAGCAGCCUUUCAUAGUACGAUACUCCUUGGUCACCAGUCCGAGCGGUGCCUGCAAAAAGAAAGAGAGACCGAGAGGAUGGCGUCGAGACGGCUGUGAGAGCUGUCCACUGUUGGAGAGUAAUUAAGAAAAGCGAGACAAAUCGAGACGAGACGAGAAAAAAGAAAUGCAUGUCGCGAUGUCAGACUCUCUGGUCGCGUGCUGGUGGUAAGCACCGACAUCCUGGUUAAUAUCAUUUCGCGCGAUGCAAUCCAUUUACUGGACCGGACGGCUGCUGUCGCGCGCGCUCUGGAACGGCAUCGCAAGCUAUAACACCUCGUGCAGCACCGAGCAGCAAUCGAACGCGGUCGUCGCGAGCAGCAGCAGGCGCCGCGAGGCCUCCUUUAUUUCUGCCGUCUGCGGCUUUCCGAAGGACUUCGCGCGGAGCCGAAUACGCAGGGGCCAGUUCGGCGACGACGCCUGGUUCACCGCCAAGUUCAGGACAGCUGAAGUCAUAGGUGUAGCUGAUGGUGUUGGAGGAUGGCGACACUAUGGAAUCGAUCCAGGAGAAUUUUCUAAUUUCCUGAUGAGGACUUGCGAGAGGCUAGUCUCUAUGGGCAGAUUUACACCUACAGAACCCGCCGGCUUGUUAGCACGUAGUUAUUACGAAUUAUUAGAAAAUAAACAACCAAUAUUAGGUAGCAGCACCGCCUGUGUAAUAGUUCUCAAUAAAGAGACAAGCAGCAUUUAUGCAGCUAAUAUAGGAGAUAGUGGCUUUGUAGUCGUACGAAGGGGAGAAGUGGUGCAUCGCUCUUCGGAGCAACAACAUUAUUUCAACACUCCCUUCCAAUUGUCGCUUCCGCCUCCUGGACACUCUGAUAUGGUACUUCGUGACAGUCCAGACUCUGCCGAUACUUCAAGUUUUGGUGUCGAAGACGGCGAUGUAAUCCUUUUAGCAACCGACGGGGUAUUCGACAAUGUGCCUGACCAGUUGCUAGUCACCGAGAUGCAGAAAAUCGAAGGCGAAAGGGAUCCAACAAAGAUACAGUGCGUCGCUAACACGAUAGCGUGGAUGGCGCGUCGUUUGGCUUUUGACGACGCUUUUAUGUCUCCGUUUGCUCAAAGUGCUCGAGAGAAUGGGAUUGAUGCAAUAGGUGGUAAACCGGACGACAUUACGGUGCUUUUAGCAACAGUGGCGAUAUGAUAAAACAAUAAGCAAGUGUACAAUAGAGCCCCAAUGAUCAUUGUAUUAUAGUCCAUAUCAUUGCGUAUAUGUAUUUAGUUAUACAUCAUUAUAUUAAUCCUAUAUAUACAUAUACAUAUAUAUAUGUAUGUGUAUAUAUAUAUAUAAUCCUAAUCAUUUAUUAUUUAAAUCGAAAUAAAUGGUUUUAUAAAAUCAUUUCUUAUUCUCUAUUCAUUAUUAUUCAUUUCUUUACAACUCUGAUAAUUAUUAACGUAUUCUUUGGCGAUAGUAGAUGCGCUUGUCGAUUCACUAUUUCAGCCCUCAGUCAUAUUCAUUUACAAUAAAUUUAUUAGUUACUUUGAUUAUAAAUCUUUACUAUCCAAAAAAUAGUUUAAUAAUUAGACAAAUUAAGAUUGAUAAAACAAAACCAUUUUGAACUUUGUAUAAUGAGAUACUGAAAAAGUUAAUACAAACGCAUCCUAACAGGAAAUGAUGAUUAAAGAUGUAAUUGUCAUUAAUUACAUCGAUUGUCGGAAUGACAAUGUUAAUGUUCUAAUAAGAAACCAGGAAUCCCAAGAUUAACAAGUCAAAAAUUCUACCCUUCCCUCUUUUCCCAUUUAUAUUAAAAUUAAAAAUAUAAGAUAUAAAAUAUUUAUCAACUUGUAAAUAUAAAGAUAUGGAAAGUUAAGAAACAAAAGAUCGUGCAAAGUAUCCUGGGAUCCUGGAUGCCCAAAAUAUAAGAAAAGAUAAAUAUAGGCAAAUCUAAAAGAAAUUAGAAUCUUAUAAUGAUUUCAAUCAAUGCAAGUCUCCAUUUAAGUAUAGAAUUCAAAAGAAUAAAAUAUUAAAAGGACUUAAAACACCCGAGAAUCUUAAAAAUCGUGAUUAAAACGAUUAUUCCUUACAAGUUUGGCUUCUCUUUUUUUUGCCUAAACCAGUACACUGCAGAAUAAAUUCGUAUAAUAUUUAUGAAGAUCACAGAAAAAGUUAUAUCAAAGUUAGUUAAUUAUACAUGGUAAAGUAAUGUUUAUUUUCCAAAUAAAAAAAUUGAAUUUAUGAAGCUGUAUUAGAUUUUAAGAAUUCAAUCUUAUUAAAGAUUCAAUAUGUGAUUAUUUUUCUUUCUUUUUUUUCAUUAAAAAAUUCGAGAGAAAAAUGAAAUGUUAAAUUUAUCAUAACAUUUAUUAACGUUAGACAAUAAAUAGACUAUAAUAAGAAAAGAAAAAAAACAUUACUUUUCCAUUGUUCCCACAAAAAAGCGAUUAGUUAUUAACUAUAAUCAAUGCAAGUCUCCAUUGUAUUCACAUAGUACAUACAUAAUAUACAUAUAUGAACAAAAUUGUGGGAAGUGUGUAUAUAUUAUUUCUUUAAUUUAUAUUUAACGAUUUGUACUUUGUAGAUGUUGCCUAGAUUACACUUCACUAUAUUAAUAAAUAUAAAUAAAUGCUUUAAUACAA